AUGCUUUUCAAAGUCAUUACUGCUUUUCUUUCUCUCGCGGGGAUUGUCUCCGCGUAUGCCAACCCCGGAGCAUGUAGUGGUGACUGCGGUGUUCACGAUCCGGCCGUGAUCCGUCGUGUCUCAGAUGGGAAAUUCUACCGAUUUUCUACAAAUAACUUUAUAUCAAUUGCAUCUGCGUCAAAUAUCGCUGGUCCUUGGACCUACCUCGGACAAGCCCUACCGGGCGGCUCAAAGAUUAGUGGGUUUGCAGGAGUCGACCUUUGGGCUCCCGAUAUUAUCUACAAUAAUGGCCUUUAUUAUCUCUACUACUCUGUCAGUUCCUUCGGUUCUCAGAAGUCUGCGAUUGGUGUCGCAACAUCCCCAACAAUGGACCCGGGGAGCUGGACUGACCAAGGGGCCACUGGAGUCGCUUCCUCUAACGGAGCUGCCUAUAACGCUAUUGAUUCUAAUAUUAUCAAAGUUGGCAAUGACUUUUAUAUGAGUUUUGGGAGCUUUUGGGGCGAUAUUUACCAGGCCAAGAUGGAAAGCAAUUUGUUAAAAAAGACAGGUAGCUCCUCCCAGAUUGCAUGGACAUCCUUUGGAAAUGGGGCGAUGGAAGGGGCUUUCAUCUAUUAUCGACAGGGAUACUACUACCUCUUCACCUCAUGGGGCAAUUGCUGCCAGCUUGUGCCACGACCAGCUGCGGGUACUGAGUAUCAUAUGAGGGUUUGCAGAUCUACUACUGCUACCGGUGGAUAUAAAGACAAGAACGGCGUCGACUGCAAGCAAAGCGGUGGGACGAUUGUUUUGGAAAGCCAUGGCUACACUUAUGCUCCUGGUCAUGGAGGCGUCCUUGAUGUUCCCGGAACUCUUUGUGGGGAUGGUUACGCUUAA